AUGCACGAGAGCACAACGACGGUCCUCAAAUCCAAGGUUCCGCUCUCCAACGACUCCAAGAAAGCUGCAGGUAACAGGUGGUUCCUCGAUGCCCUGAAUAACAUCAGCCUUCAAGCCUCAAGCUUCCAGCUUCGAGUAUCGAGUCGAUGGAAAUCUCAGAACCCGGGGGUGAUAAUAAAUAUUGUCGGCCCCCUGAUCGCCAUCCUGUGCAACACGCACCCCUCUAGCACCUAUACCUCCUCUUUCAACACCUCCUCCCUAGUCAAACACCCAGUGUCCGGAGGCGCCACCGUCUCGCCAGGCUCUGACCUUCCCGCAGUACUCAAGCUAACGCCGAACCUGGUCCACCUGGACACGCCGUCACCGUACGAGAGGGACAUCUCCGCCUUACCCCACGGCGCGGAUGACACGGCACCUGGUUCUCGAGGGGUGGACAACCGCAAAAGGGUCGUACUCAUACCCCAACUUCACACCUACCGGUUCCGCCCGCGGAGGACCAAGAAGGCGUUCUCGUCCCAGGCAAACUCCCCCGCCUCUCCUUUUAUUAAUAUUAUGCAGACCUCACCUCGGGCCUACCCAAUAAAUCCACCGCAACGCAUCGUAGCAUACGUCCAUCCCGACGAACAAAGACUAUGUAGGCUGCACGAAGUUCAAACUUAUCCAUACACCCGUGACCCACACGUCCGUCCAGCCCUUCUUUAUGUAAUCGCCCAAGGCCCAACCCUCUCGUCUCCUCAUCGGUAUGAUCAUCCCUCGUUGCGAUUAUUCUCCUCUCUGCUAGAACCACCACCAGCGCUAUACGCUGCCCCAACACACUUUUUUUCUAUUGGCGCAAGACCUCUCUUCUUGGCUCCCAAGCUCAGACUCGGCACGUCCUCGGCCGCAUCCAGAUCCCUGCUCGAGACACCCCGGUCCCCACCCUCAGCACUCGACCACGUCCUCCAGUGCUGUCCUUUCUUCCAAUCGCCCUUGACCAUGCCCGAUAGCAUGAGCGCAACGACAGUCCUCAAAUUCGAGGUUCCACCCUCCAGCGAGAAAGCUUCGAACUCAAACUCACGACGAAGGAACCGUGUCAUCUCCCUCUUCGGCCCUUCCUCCAAACCCACCACAGCCACCCUCCCUGAUUCCCCUUUCCCGCACCUCCUCAACUCCAACACCGCACCAUCCCCCUCCGAAGAAGCCCAGAUCCUCGCCCUCAUCGCACGUGUAGAGUCCGAGCGCACACAGCUCCAAAAUGGCUCGCACCACGCCUGGGACCGCAGCGCGCGGCGAAAGCUCGAGCGCCUUGGUACUUUUAUGAACGCGCUCCGCACCGUCCUUGCGCCCAUUCGCCGUCUGCCCCCGGAGCUCCUAUGCGAGGUCUUCUCCCACCUCCAGCCGCUCUCCUCCCACACCCCGGAACAAGUAGGACUCCUGAGCACCCCGCCCACCCUCGGCAGGUUCCUGCACGACAUCUUCGCCAUCUCGCAUGUCUGUGUCUCAUGGCGCGCUCUUGCACUAGCCACGCCCUCUCUCUGGACUUCCCUUCCUCCGAUAACACUGCAGAACCACAAGACCGCCCCCGCGCGCGAUGCUGCAGCCCUGGUGUGCCUGCGCACCGUCCUCAAGCGGUCGACGGCCGCCCCUCUCGCAGUGAGUCUCUCAACCUUGUCCGCGCCAGAGACAAGGGCAAUGCCCGUCCUCGCGCUCGUCGCGGCCCGCGCAGAGCAGUGGGAAAGCCUGACACUGGACACGCACGCGCGGUUCUUGCCUGCCCUCGCCUGCGUUCGGGGCCGCCUUCCGCUCCUGCGCAAGCUCACACUCAAUAUCUGGGACCACACAGCCUCCUCCAACACCUCCGUCGACCCAGAACCCUACACUAUGUUCGAAGACGCCCCCCUGCUUCGCUCCGUCACCCUCAAAGGUCUCCGGCGCACCCAAAUUGCCCUGCCCUACGCACACCUCACCUCAUUCCGCGACGCGACGCACACCCACUCCGCCCUCCUUCAAGUCCUCAACCAGGCCGGUUGCUCGCUCCUCUCCCUGAGCGCCUUGUCCCUGGAGAAUUGCCCCCCAUUUCCUGCGGUGACGCUGUAUGGGCUCAGAAAACUCCAGGUCGUAUUCAGUCAUAGUGGUGCAAGCCCCGAUGCGCUCAAUAACCUCUCCCUUCCGGCGAUUGAGUCGAUAGAAAUCGCAGGUCCGGCGGGUGACAUCGUGGGGUCGUUGAUCGUAAUUCUAUCUAACACCGACGAGCCUUCGCCCUUACGUUACCUCGCGUUCAGGAGCGCCACCGUCCCUCCGGGCUCUCUAACUGCUCUACUGAAGCUCACACCCAACCUUGAAUAUCUGGACGCGUCGAUCCCACACGAGAGCGACAUCGCCGCAUUGGCACAUGGCGCGGACGAUACACCUAGUCCUAGUCCUAGAGGGGCGGCAAGCAACCAAAAGAGAGUCGUACUCGCGCCCCACCUCCACACCUGCCGGUUCUUCAUCAACGCCAACUUCAUUAGGGCCGAGAUGUGCGAGGCGAUGGAUGCAUUGGUGGAAGCGCGCUGUGAACUACCCCACCGAGCUGAAGGAUACGUUCAACUCAUCCCGGGAGAACUCCGAAGGCUAGAAAAUCUCUCCCUCUACUACGAAGACCUCACCCUUGGGCCCACCCAGCAGACCUACCUCCACGCUCUCUACCCAGCCAAAAUUGCCACCGAGCUCGAAGGGCUGAGGGUCGCGCUGUACCAGUCCGAGGUGGGGUCUGGUUCGCGCCACGGACAGAGAGAGAGGGCGAGUACCGGGGCGAUGAAGAGGGCGGGGGUGGUACUUGGCGCGUUGGAGGGCAUGCAAGUUGAAGAUAAGAAUGCGACGAACCUCUAUACCCAAGCGCUCCACCUAACCCUCCAAAACCUCGCCUGUUCGCCCUUCACCUCCUCCAGCGGCCACGGGUUGGCCAAACGCGCAGCGGCGAUCCUCAGGCGCUGGGAUGGGGUGUUUGGAGGCCCGCUCGUUACAAGAAAGUGGGUGUUUAGAGGGGUGCAUUACUUGGAUUAUUUGCCUCGGGACGAAGUCUACACUUCGAAGCGCGACGAGACGUGGCGAGACGCGUCUGUGCGUUGGCCUGCACAGAUAGCGUUCAAGAAUUGA